AUGUUUGCAUUCGCUCAGAAAUUUGUCAAAUCAAUUGAACAAUCAGCUGAAACAAUCAUAGGUGGUGGUGCUAAUGAUGAAUCAAUCUUACAAAAUGAUGCUUAUUUCUCAAAUACAAAAUCAAAUAAAUUAGGUUUAAGAAUCAUAAAUGUUAAACCUGAUUCCCUAGCUUCAAAAGCUGGUUUAGAAAGUUGGUUUGAUUAUAUCAUUGGUAUAAAUGGUCAUGAAAUACCGACUAAUUAUAAUGAAAGUUUACAAUUAAUCCCAGUUUAUGAUUAUUUUAUUCAAGAAAUUUCAAAUAAUAAAUCAAGAUCUAUAAUAUUAGAAAUUUGGAAUGCAAAAGGUGGUGUUUUGAAAAACAUUGAAUUAGAUAUUAAUGAAUUAGAUUCCAAUAAUUUAGAUGAAGUUCCAAUUAAUGAAUCAAAUCCAAAUUUUAUACAACAACAACAAUUCCAAAAAUUAGGUUUCCAAAUCCAAUGGACCCCAUUAAUAACUUCAACUUUUGUUUAUCAUAUCUUGGAAAUCCAUCCAAAUUCACCAGCUGAAAGAGCAGGUUUAAUUGAACAUUCAGAUUAUAUAAUUGGUGCACAAGAUGGUUUAUUAGCCACCGGAGGAGAAGAUUUAUUAGGUCGAUUAAUCACUUCAAAGAAAAAUGAAUCUUUAAUCUUAUAUGUUUAUAAUCAUGAUUAUAAUAUAGUUAGACCUGUAAAUAUAACACCUUUUGAAAAUUGGGGUGGUCAAGGUCUUUUAGGUGCUGGUGUUGGUUAUGGGUUUUUACAUAGAUUACCUCCUGUUAUUGAUAAUGUUGAACCUGGUUCUAUAUUAUUUGAUGAUUCUUUAACUCCAAAUCAUACUCCAAAUUUUUCACCUGCUUCAACUCCAUUACCAAAUGAAACUUUUCAACAACAAACUUUCAUACCUUCAAAUUUAUCAAAUCCUCCAACUAAUGCAAGUCCACCACCUCCUCCAACUUCUUCAAGUUUAAGUUCAACAACUACAACAACCGGACCUCCACCAAUUCAUGGAAGAAAAAAAAAAUCAAAUAAAAUAAAUUCAGAAAUGUUGGAUUAUUUAUCAACUGAAGGUGAAAAAUCAAGAAUUUUAGAUAAUCAAGGUAAAUAUCCAAAUGAUAAUGAAAAUUCAUUACCACCACCUCCAAAGAAAUAA